UAUAAACAGUAGGAGGAGCACUGCCACAGCACAUCUUCAGAUAAGCUGCAACACAACACAUAUGCCUGGACCACAUCCACCACUGCAGGUCCCCAAGAAUAUCUCCGGUCUCUAUAUUGCCUCAACGCAAGAACAUCCAUCCACAUUCCCUUCAAAGAAGCAGGAACAACAACCACUGAUGGCUAACCUGGAUCCAGAGGUGUCAGGGGGCAAGGAUCAGAAAUCAGCCCAGAGGGAGAAGACAGAUGCUGGGGAGCCUGCAGUUUGUACCUGUCAGCAAAAGGCCAAGGCCCAGUUUUUACUUCUACUGUCCUACUUCUCAGGAGACAUGGAAGUGUUUGCACAGUGGAUAAAAAAACAGUUCUUCCUGCUCCAGCUGUUAGAUUGGGUACUCCGUGGUGCUUCCCAGGUCAUGUUUGUCAACAACCCUCUGAGUGGCCUGGUGAUCUUUGCUGGGCUGAUCCUGCAGAGCCGCUGGUUGGCUCUGAACGGUUUUGUAGGCACACUUGCCUCCACCAUCUCUGCCAUCAUACUGCAACAGAGCAGGGAUGCGAUUGCAGCAGGCCUGUAUGGUUACAAUGGAAUACUGGUGGGGCUGCUGAUGGCUGUGUUCUCUAAUGCUGGAGACUGGUACUGGUGGCUCCUGCUGCCAAACAUCUUCAUGUCUAUGAUGUGUCCUAUAGUGUCCAGUGCAUUGGCGUCCAUUAACAGUCGUUGGGACCUGCCAGUGUUCACUCUGCCCUUCAAUAUACUGGUGUGUGUACACAUGGUGGCUACAGGCCACUACAACAACUACUUCCCACAAGUCCUCUUCCAGCCGCGCACACAACUAGCUAACAUCACCUGGACUGAUGUUGACGUGGCUAAGCUGUUCAGAGCAGUGCCAGUAGGUGUAGGCCAGGUGUAUGGGUGUGACAACCCCUGGACAGGAGGAAUCUUUAUGAUUGCCCUCUUCAUUUCCUCUCCUAUCACUUGUGCUCAUGCUACCAUUGGAUCUGCAGUCGGCAUGGUUUCAGGUCUGGCGCUAGCUGCUCCAUUUGAGGCUAUCUAUUUUGGUCUGUGGGGAUAUAACUGUGUCCUAGCCUGCAUCGCUAUUGGGGGGAUGUUCUAUGCUCUCACCUGGCAGGUACACCUGCUGGCAGUCACCUGUGCGUUCUUCUGUGCAUAUCUAGGCUCAGCCAUCACUAAUGUGAUGUCCACAUUUGGUCUGCCUGCCUGCACAUGGCCCUUCUGUCUCUCCGCGCUUACCUUCCUUCUGAUUACCACAGAAACCAAAACCAUCUUCAAGUUGACACUUGCCAAUGUGGCCUACCCUGAGAGGAACCUACGCUUCUUCUGGAAGCUCCGCAAGCAAGAGAGGUUGGAGAGAGAAGAGAAGAGCGAUAGGGAAAAGGAACAAGAGAUUAAGUGUAGCGAUAAAGAGAUGCUGAGGAUUGAGAUAGAGCGCAUGGAAGAUGGAAGAAAAUAAAAUUUAAUAAAUGAUCUAGGAGAGAGGGAUAAUGUAGAUGGGCUACAGUGAAGUGAGCAGCAUAGUAGAACAUGUCUGAACGACUCCAGGGGCAUCUGUUUUCUAUGAGGCGAAAGCACAAAUCUGAGCGUAAACCAUAAGUGGGAUGAUUUCCACAACAACUGUGAGAUUUAUUAAUAAGUCUGCUUGAGUGCAUUGGUGAAUUCAUGCACAGCCAUGACCAUGUGAACACACAGCGCAAAAGGCUGGAAUAAGCAAUGUGCUUGUCAAACAUAAGCGACAUGACCUCGCUUAUUCCAUAGGACAUAGGUCAUGAAAAAAUAUUUUUCAUUGUAUGUUAUAUUAUUAUAUAAUAAUCCAUAGAAAUUAGAGUUGUUUGUUAAAUUAUGUCUAUGUGUAAAGCCAUUAUUGAAAUAUAAUGGCUUUACACAUAGACAUAAUUUAACAAACAACUCUAAUUUCUAUGGAUUAUUAUAAUAAAAAAUGCACUGACAUGAUAGGAUUAUAAGACAUAUACAAUAAAGACAAUAAUGUUCAAUGUUGGAUGAAUUCAAUUGAAAAACUAUUCAAUUUGAACAUUAUUUCAUUCAAGAAAUAUAUUUCCACCACUAGGGUUAACUACUAGGGUCAUUGCUCUAAAAUCUCUUAACCCACCACACCGUCUGGCCAUUGUUUGAGCUACAUCCCGCUGUCACGUCUUGGAAUGGCUGGCGUGCCGUACCAGUGAGAUCCAAUGUCCGCAUUUGGAUCAUGCUUCUUGUCAUUGCCCUCACCUGUGUUCCUGAUCACUGUCACUAUUUAAGUUCCUCCUUUCCCAGUGUAUCUUGUCGGUCAAUGUUUGGUUACACCCAAAUGUAACAAUGUUCUGUUUAGUCUUGUUCUUUUGAUUCAGUUUUUUAUGUUUUAGUUUUUUUAUUAAAAGUUCUCUGUUCACCCUG